GAGAUAUGAGAGUUUUGAAAUCUAACGGUGAAUAGAUCUCUAGGAAAUACUUUAAAUUCAUCACAAACAGAAGUUUGGAUUUCUCUCGUUUCUCAGGCAGUGGCUGGCAGUAGGGUUUCCAGGGUUUUAGAGAUUCAACGAACGAGGAGGAGAAGAAGAAAAAGAUGGUUCUCCAAAACGACAUCGAUUUGCUCAACCCUCCGGCAGAGCUCGAGAAGAGGAAGCACAAGCUCAAGAGACUGGUGCAGUCUCCUAACUCAUUUUUCAUGGAUGUGAAAUGUCAAGGGUGCUUCAACAUAACGACAGUGUUCAGUCACUCGCAAACAGUGGUGGUGUGUGGCAACUGCCAGACAGUGUUGUGCCAGCCAACAGGUGGCCGUGCUAGGCUUACAGAAGGUUGCUCUUUCAGGAGAAAGGGUGACUGAUUCAGUUUCAUGUUUUCUAUUGUUGGUAAAUGAAACUAGGUUUCUUUUUUCUUUCAAAAGCACCAACUUAUGUAUUUUUCUUAGCAAAAAUUGAGGACCUACUUUUACUUUAGGUUUGUCAAGUGAGAUUUAUUAGCGCCUGGUUUCUGUUUCCUCACAAUCUCAUAUUAUAUUCUUAGUUUUUCAAUUGUUCCUA